AUGAGCAUUAUUAUUAAUAGUAAACUAUUUGAAAAAAGACAAUUAUUAAAUACUUCUAAUAGUAUAUGCCAACAAGUGCUGUCUGGCACUCAACCAACAAUGCAAUUUUUGUGUUGUCAAGAUGAUAAUUGUGUAAUUAAACCAGAAUCAGGUGAUUGUCCUCCUGAUAAUAGAACUUUGACUCAUUGUCAGAAGACUAGUGAUUUAAAAUGCUGUAAUGCUAACUUGACUUUAGAGAUUUCUUCUAAUGCUAUAAUCAAUAAUACUAUUCGGGUUUGUGAUUAUAAUGGAAUAUUUUGUCUCACAACUACUUAUUUUUCUGGUGCUACGGUGGUCCAACAAAAUCAAAUAAACUGGAUGCUUAGUCGUAAUAAAUGGAAUGAAUCUCGUAUAGGUUCCUAUGCUUGUUGUGAUACAAGUGGUUGCAUACUUAGUCAUUAUAUUGACGAAAAAGCCUAUAUACAAGGUCUAAAUUAUCCCAUUUUUCCACAAUUGAGUCCUGUUUGUAGUGGUUCCAGUGCAUUAUUAAAUUAUGGCAUUCUUCUUGAUUCUCUAUGCAAUGAUACCACGAAGUUUAGUGUAAUUUGCCCUGAUCUUUACCAAUCAGGAAAAUGUCGUAUCUGGGGAUCUGAAUGUGAGAAUCCACUUCUCAUUGAUUAUAUAGUGGAAGUAUGUAAUGAAACGAGAGUGGAAGCAAUCCUUGAUAACAACAUACAAUUGAAUAACUCUCCCCCAGCAACAUUAGUUCCACGACUACAUUCCCUACAUUCCCCACAAUUUCUAAUACAACACUCAAUGCAUCUUCUAGUACAAUAUCACGCCUUAGUACCUGGGCAACAAUUGUAG